AUGGCUCUUAUGUUCGACUAUCGUGGUUGUGCGGCGUGUAUCAGACGAAGAUCGAAGCAUAGUGGGAGUUAUGCUUGGGGCGCUGCUGCCCUUGUGCACAUGUAUGAUAAUUUAAAUGACACGUCGAAGAGCACGGUGAGGCAGCUUGCAGGAUAUAUCACUCUGUUACAGUGUUGGAUCUACGAGCAUUUUCCAUCUAUUGGUUUCGCUAUUCCUACCGAGGAUUAUGAUGAGAGGAGACUGCGAGCAUGUCAAUGGACCUCUGGCAAGGCACUAACCGUUUCCACGUAUCGUAGGUGUCUGGAUAGACUGACCCCUGACGUGAUAGGGCCCAUUGAUGGUCAUUCACGACCGGAGAGGAUUGUACAACAGUUUGGCUACAUCCAGGCUAUUCCGUCACAUCAUGCUGCGUCUUCAUUCUCUGUUGAAGAAAUUGAUGAUAGAUGGAUGCAGUUCAGUGAGUACAUAGCACCUAUAGGGCAAUUAUGUGCAGUGCUUAACCAUUGUUUGCCAGAUUACAUGGAUUGGUUAUGCAUGAUUUCGCACCCAUUCAUGAGUCUGGCACAACCAGGGGAUCCUCCUAGAGUUCUACCGAUUCAGUAA